GGGACACUCUCGCCAGACCGGUUUUCAGGCCAUGUUUGUGUGUUGAUAUUUAGGCAAGUCUUAAAAGCUAGAAAUUCACUGCUUUUAUGUUGUGGAGCUUUUAAAUUGAACAGUGGGUCAGAUUUUUCACACAGGAUCUUAAGGGGCAUUGAAUGUGUUUGAGCGCAUCCUUGCAAGGACAAGACACCUCACCAGCGUCAGCGUCUCCACCAUGUUAUCCUCUGUUGUCCCGUACAAAAACCAGCACUACGCUGAUCUGAAGAGGGACUGUAUCAAGAGCAAGACACUGUUUGAGGAUCCAGAGUUUCCGGCCAACAAUUCAUCCCUUUUUUUUAGGAAACCACCUGCUGGCAAUGUGGAAUGGAAACGACCAGGGGAAAUAAGUGAAUCACCUCAUCUGUUUGUGGAGGGCAUCAGUUCCCACGACCUGAACCAGGGCGUUUUGGGAAACUGUUGGUUUGUUGCUGCCUGCUCCUGCCUGGCUUUAAAACCACACCUCUGGAAGAAGGUCAUUUCUAACUGGAAGGAGCAGGAGUGGGAUCCCAGUCACCCACAAAACUAUGCUGGGAUCUUCCACUUUCAGUUUUGGCUCUUUGGGGAGUGGGUAGAUGUGGUGGUGGAUGACCGACUGCCGACCAUCAACGGAGAGCUCAUCUACUGCCACUCAAAACAAAGGAAUGAAUUCUGGAGUGCUCUUCUGGAGAAGGCCUACGCCAAGCUCUCUGGCUGCUAUGAGUCCCUGGAUGGGGGAAACACAGGAGAUGCUGUGGUGGAUUUCAGCGGAGCUGUGACUGAAGCCAUCAAUCUGGAAGCAGAAGCUUUCUAUAAAGACCAAAAAAAACAAGACCUUCUGUUUGACGAUCUGAACAAGGUGUAUAGUCGGGAUGGAAUCAUCAGCUGCUCCAUCAGGGCACAGCCUCAUGAAAUUGAGCUCAAGAUGGCAAAUGGGCUGGUAAAAGGCCAUGCUUACUCAGUUACUGCAGUGAAGCGAGUGCGUUUGGGUCAUGGGCUGCUGGCCUACUUCAAGAAUGAAACCAUUCCUCUGAUCCGCAUGAGAAACCCCUGGGGCAAGACAGAGUGGAAUGGAGCCUGGAGCGACAGCUCUGAGGAAUGGUCAAAGGUUGGUGACAAAGAGAGGAGCAACCUUGGCAUCACAGUGGAGGAUGAUGGAGAGUUCUGGAUGUCGUUCACAGACUGGUGCAAGUGCUUCACAGAUGCAGACGUUUGCCGUCUCAUCAAUACUUCACUGAUCAGCACUGAGAAGACGUGGCACGAGUUUGUGCACUUUGGGAGCUGGACCAAAAACUCAGACCCGCUGCUAAACCGCUGCGGCGGAUGUUCUAACCAGAAGCAGACAUUCCUGCAGAACCCACAGUACUUGCUUGAUGUUACCAAGGAAGCUGACGAGUUCCUGUUCUCGCUGCAGCAGAGAGACAUGAAGAUCCACAGAAAAAUUGGUCAAGGAGAAAACCUAACCAUUGGCUUCAGUGUCUUUAAGGUGGAACUAAACAGGAAGUAUCGAAUGCAUGACAUCCUGACUCAACAGUCUGUAGUGACCUCCACCUACAUCAAUGCUCGGACAGUGUUUAUGAGGUGUACGUUGCCUCAGGGUCGAUACGUCAUCAUCCCCACCACCUUCAAGCCUCUGAUGGAGGGAGACUACAUGUUAAGAGUUUACACUGAUGUGGACUCAAGUUGCCGGGAACUGACAGAGGACAAACCAAAGAUAAAAUGCUGGAGUUCAUUCCUGGGAUACCCACAAGCUGUUACUCACGUCUACAUCCACGGAGCCGAAGGGCUGCAAAAGCAAGACAGCACAGGAGGUGCUGACCCCUACGUGAUUAUAUCCUGCGAGGGCCAAUCAGUGAAGUCCACCAUCUGUAAGGACACUCUGCAACCAAAGUUUGAAACCAGCGCAAUUUUCUACAGGAAAAAGCCCAGAAAUCCCAUAACUGUAGAGGUGUGGAACAGCAAUGCUGUGAAGGAUGAAUUUAUGGGCCAAGUUGUGUUGCCAGCGAGGGCAACAGACACCACGGACCCUCAGACACUUCAGCUGAAGAAGAGUGCCCGACAGAUGGCUGAUGAGAUGGCAGGUAGGAUCAGUCUGAGGGUCGUCACUGCGACUCAGCUGACCGCCAUGUGACCUCAUCUAUGACACAGCUUGUGAGACUUAUCUG